UUGUGUGUGUGUGUGGCUGGCUGUGCAGCGAGAGCAGCAGAGAAAAAAGCUGUCACAAUAAAUUUAAAUAAAUUGUUGACAAACGUCAAUAAACAUAAAUUUUCGUGUGCAGCAAAGCAAAGCAGACCCAAAAUGAAAACCGUGGACAACAGCAACUGGACCGAGUGGAUCAGGCAGACGACCGGAAACCGCAACGCUCGCUGCCACUCAGAUGCAUUGCGUCAAUCAAAAAUGUACGAAACGGUCAGCGAGCUGCGUGCGGGGGGGCAAGUGUUUUCUAUACACAGCUCUACCUAUUUGUCUAAUCGAUUUUGGCGCUAGACGAAACCAUCAACACAGCCCGAACAGAAAAACGCAGCUGGAGCUGGCGUUGAAACUGGUGUUGGGCAACGUCAAAAGCGCAGUUCUAAAUGAUCGCCGGCAACUCACACACAUGACUAAGCGAUCGCGGCAAUCAGCAUACAGAAAAGUGCAUGAGCUUGUUUUUUUUUUUUAUAUAUUUAUUAUUCGUUUUAGGUGGAGCUCCAGAUCACCUUGCAGCUUAGACACUCCACUUAGACACUCUAUUUUGCGUGUGAAAUUCAAUAAGUUGACGGCUGAAUGCGGCACAAAGCAGCAGCGAGUCGAGAGCUCGGGCCACAGCAGAGCUCAGAGUCUGAACCCAAGCCAGGCCAUGCUACAGAUGCAUAUCUAUCUGUAUUGACUAAAUUGUUGCUGUUUGUUGUUUGUGUUGUUGUUGGGUGUGGCGCAAAAAGCACGACA